CUUGGAGAUAAUUUCAUUUCAGAUAAAUUUAGAUAUUUACUUAUCUUAAGUGGAAAUUACCAAUAUAACAUAGCAGACGACAUCGCAUAAGUAGUAGCGGUUCUUAUGCAUGCGUGAACACGUCAUGGAGAAAGAUAAAAUUGUACCUUAUUCGCGUACCGGUAACAAGGAAGAAGAUGAGAUAUUAUUGGAACCGUAUAAUUACAUUCUCCAAGUUCCUGGAAAACAGAUUAGAGCUACAUUAGCACAUGCCUUCAAUUACUGGUUAAAAAUAAAAUCAGAUAAACUUCGUGACAUUGGAGAUAUUAUACAAUUACUUCAUAAUGCUAGUCUCUUAAUUGAUGAUAUUCAAGAUAAUUCAGUUUUAAGAAGAGGUAUUCCUGUAGCUCAUAACAUUUAUGGUGUAGCAUCUACAAUGAAUGCUGCAAAUUAUGCCAUAUUUAUUGCUUUGGAAAAAGUACUUGCUUUAAAUCAUGUAGAGGGUAUACAAAUAUAUUUAGAACAGUUAUUAGAACUUCAUAGAGGUCAGGGUAUGGAAAUUUAUUGGAGAGAUAAUUAUAUUUGUCCUACUGAAGCAGCUUAUAAACAGAUGACAAUUCAAAAAACAGGUGGUCUUUUUAAUUUGGCUGUAAGAUUAAUGCAAUUAUUUUCUGAAUGUAAAGAAGAUUUUGUACCUUUAACUAGUAUUUUAGGACUUUACUUUCAAAUUCGUGAUGAUUAUUGUAAUCUAUCUUCAGAAGAGUAUGUUGAUAAUAAAGGCUAUUGCGAAGAUCUUUCUGAAGGAAAGUAUAGUUUUCCUAUUAUACAUGCUAUACGAAGCCAUCCAGAAGAUAGACAAAUAAUAACUAUUAUUGAUAAAGACAUUCUUAGACAACGAACAAAGGAUAUUGAGGUAAAACGGUAUUGUGUUAAAUUGUUAGAAAAGUUUGGAUCUUUUGCUUAUACAAAGACUUUAUUGGAAGAAUUGGACAAGAAAGCAAGAGAUGAAAUUGCACGUUUAGGUGGAAAUCCCUUUUUAAUUCAAGUUUUAGAUAAUUUAAAAUCUUGGAAAUACUCAAAACACUCAAGAAAUGAAUAAAAAUAAAAAAUUAAUUAUAUUAUGUUUUUUUAAAA